UGGGGGGGUCUCCUCAACCACCACUAGUGCGUAGCAACCAACUAGAUGAUGGCAGCCAUAGUGCACCAGGACGCCCAUCACACACCAGCUAUUAGUGAAGAGGAGAGGAGAGUGAUGUCGCCAAUUCAGAGAUGGGGAUUAUUCGGUGACCAUGAUGGAGAAGGGCCAAUGGGGGAAUUUCUGCAGGACACUGGGGUUAGACCCCUACUCUUUUACGAUAAGUGUCCUGGGGUUUUUAUGUAUUUUUUUUCCUAAUGUAAAAAUAAAUGAAUCAUGGAAAUGAAUCACAAGUGAUUUUUACAUGAUUCAUUUAUUUUCACAUGAUUUUUUUCAUAUGAUUCAUUUGUGACUUUUUUUUCCACAAGUGAUUUUUUUUUACUUGAUUCUGUGAUUUUUCACGUUUGUUCACAUUUAUUUUAAUGAGAUUUUAUCACGUUAUUUUUUUGUGAUUUUUUUUUUACGACUUAUAUUCAUGUUAUGUUUUUUACAUGAUUCUUUUAUUUUCCACAUGUGAAAAAUGAAUAUUGUAAAAAAAAUAAUGUGCAAAUAAAUGAAUCAAGUAAAAAAAUCACUUAAAUGAUUCAAUACCGAAUCAAGAAUCGAAGAAAAAAAAAUCACUUGUGAAUACAAAUGAAUCAUAUGAAAAAAAAAAUCUCGUGUGAAAAUAAAUGAAUCAUGUAAAAAAAAUAAAAUAAAUAUCACGUGAAAACAAGCGUGAAACAUAGCCUAAAAGCCCAUAUGUAAACAGUUUAUAUAGAUUGCAGGGAGUCAUUUGGGAUUCGAUUCAAGUUCACACAGCAGUAAUAAAAGAUGUACAAGUGAGAGUCGAGUGCAGAGUCGCUUUAGGACAGCGUUCAGUUGAAGAGCAAAGAGCGCGCGCCUCCGGAGUCCAGCUUGCAGCGCGCGCGUUUCUCUGGAGUUCGAGCUCGAGCCGGCAUUGUGUGACAGCCAGUUCACAUCAUGUGACGGCGGAAACCGGGGGGUGGGGGGGAGAAAAAGAGGAGAGAGAUGGCGCAGCGUGCGCUGUAAAGAGCAUACAGUUCACAACACCGGUAAACAGCGGGACGGCUCAAUGUCGGGGGUUACGGGGGGGAAAAAACAACAACCCCAAAACGCACAGCACGCGCACGUGGGUAAAGCUCUCGAGCUCCUCUAAUCUCAGCUGUGUAGCAUCGUAAUCUCGCGACACAGACGGAAGACUGACUGACGGAGGAGCAGGAAUGAAUUCAUUAAAUAAAUAAACAAACAAACAAGUAAGCAAAUAAAUAAAUAAAUAGAUAAAGGCUCGUCUGCCGCGCGAUGCUGCUGCGCUGAUCUUUAGGAGGCUUCGGGAUUCCGCGCGAGACCGGAAACCGUGGAAAGAGAAGAGAGAAAGCACUUUGAUUUGUCAUGUUGCGUUUGGAGCGCGGAGUAUGUUCUCUAAAGCCUUGCUGAAUAGAUGCUGUGAUUGGAGCGGAACUUUCAUGCUUAGCUCGUGAACCGGAGAUCAUGUGGACGCCGACGGAGGACGAAAAGCUCGGAGUGGUAAUCUGCAGCUUCCGUGGCUCUCUGACUCAUGGCCUGAUUCUAGAGAUCGGAGAAACUGUUCAGAUCCUGGAGAAGUGUGAAGGAUGGUUUCGAGGAUUCUCAACCAGGAAACCUAAUGUCAAGGGCAUCUUCCCAGCUAGCUAUGUGUAUCUGCGGAAGGCUGUUGUCACCAACCGUGGGCAGUAUGAGACAGUGGUGCCUCUUGAAGAUUCCAUUGUGACCGAAGUCACCUCCACUCUACAGGAAUGGGCUGUACUUUGGAAGCAGCUCUAUGUGAAGCAUAAAGUGGACCUCUUUUAUAAGCUGCGUCACGUGAUGAACGAGCUGAUCGACCUGCGGCGGCAGAUGCUAUCUGGUCACCUGACCCAGGAUCAGAUUCGCGAGGUCAAGCGCCACAUCACCAUACGCCUCGACUGGGGCAAUGAACACUUAGGUCUGGACCUCGUACCAAGGAAGGACUUUGAAAUGGUGGAUGCAGACCAGAUUAGUGUCUCUGACCUCUACAAAAUGCAUCUGUCCAGCAGACACAGUGUCCAGCAAAGCACAUCACAGGGGGACAGCAUGCGGCAGCGUCAUGGUGAUGCGUGUCGGGUUCCCGUCCCUCACCACCUGUUUGUCAAUCUCAAGAGCUUUACUUACAACACCAUAGGAGAAGACACAGACAUUUUCUUUUCCCUCUAUGACCUUCGGGAAGGCAAACACAUAAGUGAGAAGUUCAUGGUGAAGCUCAACAAAAACGGAGGCCCAAAGAACCCGGAGAAAAUCGACCGGCUCUGCGCACUGUUUACGGACCUGAGCAAUAAGGAUAUGAAACGAGACCUGUACAUUGUAGCUCAGGUCAUCAGGACUGGGCGAAUGCUGCUGAAUGACUCGAAGAAGGGCCCUCCACAUGUGCACUACCGACGCCCAUACGGAUGCGCUGUGCUCGCUAUGAGCGAUGUGCUGCACACCAUAUCAGAGCUAAAGGAGGAGAAAGACUUCGUGCUCAAAGUUUACACAUGUAACAAUGAGAAUGAGUGGUACCAGAUUCAUGAGAACAUCAUCCGCAAGUCCAGCACCAAAUACACUGCACCCAGCACCAACUAUGGUCUGAUCAUCUCUCUGCAGUUGCUCAGGGGAGAGACGGAACAGAUCCGUAGGGAGAAUCCUAUGAUCUUCAACCGCGGCGUCGCCAUCACACGCAAACUCGGCUUUCCUGAUGUCAUCAUGCCAGGUGAUAUCCGUAAUGAUUUGUACCUCACCUUGGAGAGAGGCGAUUUUGAGAGAGGAGGGAAGAGCGUACAGAAGAACAUCGAGGUCACAGUGUAUGUGUUGUAUGCCGACGGAGAAAUUCUUAAGGACUGCAUUAGCCUGGGCUCAGGAGAGCCGAAUAUCAGUGAGCACCGUUCACUCGUCCUCUACCACAACAACAGCCCUCGCUGGAGUGAAGUGAUCAAGCUGCCCAUCCCCAUCGAUCGCUUCAGAGGCUCCCAUCUGCGCUUCGAGUUCAGGCACUGCUCGACAAAAGACAAAGGCGAGAAGAAACUCUUUGGUUUUGCUUUCACACCUCUAAUGAGAGAAGAUGGUACGACGCUAUCGGACGAGUGUCACGAACUCUAUGUCUACAAGUGUGACGAGAACACAACCUUCAGCAACCAUGCUCUGUAUCUGGGCUUACCCUGCUGUAAGGACGACUUUAACGGCUGCCCCAACAUUCCCUCCAGCCUCAUCUUCCAGCGUAGCACCAAGGAAACCCUGUGGAUCUCCACUCAGCUCUCCUCCACCAAGCUCACACAGAAUGUGGACUUGCUGGCUCUGCUGAAGUGGAAAGCUCAACCUGAUCGCGUGAUGGACAUUCUAGGUCGACUGAGACAUGUUAGUGGAGAGGAAAUAGUCAAAUUUCUUCAGGACAUCCUGGACACACUGUUCUCCAUUUUAGAUGACAACACAGACAAAUAUGGUCCUCUGGUGUUUCAGUCGCUGGUAUUCAUCAUCAAUCUGCUCCGGGACAGCAAAUACUACCACUUCCGCCCAGUGAUGGACACUUACAUCCAGAAACACUUUGCUGGAGCUCUGGCCUAUAAAGAGCUUAUCCGCUGCCUGAAAUGGUAUAUGGACCGCUCAGCAGAGGUCGUCCGGCAGGACCACAUUCAAGAAGCAAUGAGGGCACUGGAGUAUUUGUUCAAGUUCAUAGUCCAGUCGCGGAUCCUGUACUCUCGGGCCACCUGUGGCAUGGAGGAGGAACAAUUUCGCACCAGCAUCCAGGAGCUCUUCCAGUCCAUCCGCUUCGUGCUGAGCUUGGACAGCCGCAGCUCAGAGACUCUCAUUUUCACCCAGGCAGCCCUGCUUAAUUCCUUCCCAGCCAUCUUUGAUGAGUUGCUGCAGAUGUUCACAGUGCAGGAGGUGGCUGAGUUUGUGAGGGGAACCUUGGGGAGCAUGCCCAGUACCGUGCACAUAGGCCAGUCGAUGGAUGUGGUGAAGCUGCAGUCCAUUGCUCGGACAGUAGAUAGCAGGUUGUUCUCUUUUCCAGAGUCAAGAAGGAUUCUCCUACCAGUGGUCUUGCACCACAUCCAUCUUCAUCUUCGUCAGCAAAAAGAACUGCUCAUCUGUUCAGGGAUCUUGAGCAGCAUCUUCUCCAUCAUCAAGGCCAGUUCUCUGGAGACCUCAGUUCAGGAGGAGGUGGAGAUGGUGGUGGAGAGCUUGUUGGAUGUUCUUUUGCAGACCCUGCUCGCCAUCAUGAGCAAGUCGCAAGCUCAGGAGGCGGUAAGAGGCCAGCGCUGCCCACAGUGCACGGCCGAGAUCACUGGUGAAUACGUGUCUUGCCUGCUGUCUCUCCUGCGGCAAAUGACAGACAUCCACUUUCAGCACCUCUUGGACAACUUCCAGAGCAAAGAGGAGUUAAAGGAGUUUUUGCUGAAGAUUUUCUGUGUUUUCCGCAACUUGAUGAAGCUCAGCAUUUUCCCCAGAGACUGGAAUGUGAUGCGGCUCCUGACCAGCAACAUCAUUGUAACCACAGUGCAGUAUCUCUCUCCUGCUCUGCACAAGAACUUCACGGAUGCUGACUUUGACUUUAAGGUUUGGAACUCGUACUUCAGUCUUGCAGUACUGUACAUCAACCAGCCCAGUCUGCAGCUCGAGAUCUUAACCCCAUCCAAGAGGAAGAAGAUUCUAGACAAGUAUGGUGAUAUGAGAGUCAUGAUGGCCUAUGAGCUAUUCAGCAUGUGGCAAAACCUUGGUGAAAAUAAGAUCAACUUUAUCCCAGGAAUGAUUGGACCCUUCCUGGGCGUGACCCUGGUGCCUCAGAGUGAGGUCAGGAACAUCAUGAUCCCCAUCUUCCACGACAUGAUGGACUGGGAACAGCGCAAGAACGGCAACUUCAAACAGGUGGAGGCAGAGCUCAUAGAUAAGCUGGACAGUCUAGUGUCUGAGGGUAAAGGAGACGAGAACUACAGAGAGCUUUUUGGGUUGCUUACUCAGCUUUUUGGGCCCUAUCCCAGUCUGUUGGAAAAAAUCGAGCAGGAGACGUGGCGUGAGACAGGCAUCUCUUUCGUCACCUCUGUCACUCGCCUUAUGGAGAGGCUACUGGAUUACAGGGAUUGCAUGAAGGGAGAUGAGACGGAGAACAAGAAGAUUGGCUGCACCGUCAACUUGCUAAACUUCUAUAAGUCUGAGAUCAACAAAGAGGAGAUGUACAUCCGCUACAUUCACAAGCUUUGUGACAUGCACCUGCAGGCUGAGAACUACACAGAGGCGGCGUUUACUCUGCUCCUCUACUGGGAGCUGCUGCAGUGGGAGGAUCGACCCCUGCGGGAGUUUCUGCACUACCCGGCUCAGAGCGAGUGGCAUCGCAAAGAGGAUCUUUGCCGCAAGGUCAUCCACUAUUUCAACAAGGGCAAGUGCUGGGAAUAUGGGAUUCCUUUUUGCCGAGAGCUUGCCUUACAAUACGAAUCCUUAUACGACUACCAGAGCCUCAGUUGGAUACGGAAAAUGGAAGCAGCCUACUAUGAUAACAUUAUGGAGCAGCAGAGACUGGAGCCCGAGUUCUUCAGGGUGGGCUUUUACGGUCGAAAAUUUCCUUUCUUCCUCAGGAACAAGGAGUUUGUUUGCCGUGGGCAUGACUACGAGAGGCUUGAAGCCUUCCAGCAGAGGAUGCUGGGAGAAUUCCCACAAGCAAUUGCCAUGCAACAUCCCAACCAACCAGAUGAGGCCAUUUUGCAGUGCGAUGCCCAGUACUUGCAGAUCUAUGCUGUAUCUCCAGUUCCAGAAAAUGUAGAAGUGCUUCAGAUGGACCGUGUGCCUGACCGAAUUAAAAGCUUCUACCGAGUGAACAACGUGCAUCGCUUUCGCUACGACCGACCCUUCCACAAAGGUCCCAAAGACAAGGACAAUGAGUUCAAGAGUUUGUGGAUCGAGAGGACCACACUUAUCCUCACACAUCCCCUGCCGGGCAUCUCUCGUUGGUUUGAGGUGGACAAGAGAGAGCUGGUUGAAGUGAGCCCGCUGGAGAAUGCCAUCUCCGUGGUGGAGAAUAAGAACCAGGAACUGCGCACUUUAAUCAGCCAGUACCAGCACAAGCAGCUGCACGGCAACAUUAACCUACUUAGCAUGUGUCUCAACGGAGUGAUUGAUGCAGCUGUCAACGGAGGCAUCGCUCGCUACCAGGAGGCAUUCUUUGAUAAAGAAUACAUCUCCACUCACCCAGAGGACACAGAAAAAAUCACUCAGCUCAAGGACCUCAUGCAAGAACAGGUCCACAUCCUGGGUGUAGGGCUGGCGGUCCAUGAGAAACUGGUGCACCCGGAAAUGCGUCCUCUACACAAGAAGCUGAUAGAUCAGUUCCAGAUGAUGCGGAGCAGUCUGUGCCAUGGUUUGCCUGGCUUGGACAGACUGAGUGCAGCCUGCUCUGGACCCAGCAACCCACGAGCCAUCCUCCCGUCCCAUAAUCCUAUGAGCCCAGAGAGCAUCAAACUCAUGCACAGACACAGCCCAUCUUUGUCUCGUACCGUGCGUCACUCCUCGUCUUCCCUCUCCUCCAGUGAGACGGGGAACCUCCUCAUCCUCACUGACGGAGUGCUGAUGGAGCAUCCUGAAGAGCUCUACCGCAUGCAGCCCAGUCCCUCGACGUCCAGCCUGAGCUCUACUCACUCCGCUCCUCCUCAGAUGAUCAACUCGGGCCCCGGCAGCAUCCGAGUCGGUUCUCCAUCACUGCCUGAUCGAUACAGGCACAACCGCGAGAUGCUGAUGCUACUGCCAGCGCAUCGAGAUCGGCCCAGCAGCGCCAUGUACCCCAACCUCAGUGAGAAUGGACAGCCUACCAACCUGCAGAGGGCCUUGUUUCAUCAGGUGAUUGGUCCAUGCAAGCCAUGCAGCGACCCCAAUCUCUCUGUGGCUGAAAAAGUGCUGAGUGCUCCUAGCAGUUGGAGCCUGGACAGUGGCACGAGAGAUGCACUGCCUUUCCUCUCGUCCCACGUGGGGAGUGUGAUGGCUCCACCAGUGCCCCCUCGCAACUUUCCUCCUGGGCACUUCUCGAUGCACUUUGAUGCUUUCCAGCAGCAGAUUGGUGAACUCCCCCCAGCCCUCCCUGCACGCUCCUUAAGAAAGAUCAAGUUCAUGUCCUUAGCCGGAUUUGCAAGACCAUUCAACAUGCACCACUGGUUUGAUUCACCUCUUCACCCCAUACCCGCCUCACCCACAAGUCCUCAGUCGGCCCUUGAUGGUAGUAACUCCACGCUGUCGGGCAGUGCCAGCAGUGGCGUCUCGUCCCUAAGCGAGAGCAACUUCUGCCCUUCCUCAUCAGAUGCUCCUGCGCUGGACUCAACGCCCAGCUGCCAGACGUGGACCACAGAUACUGAUGAGGCGGAGACACCCCGCAUCGUCCACUACAGUGUCUCUGAGCCUGACGUCCUGGACAGCCUAAAGCCAGCCCCCUGUCGCAGUCACUCAGCACCUGUGGGCGUCAUGCCAGUGCUGCCUCCAGAUGGGCACCACCAUAUCCACGCUGGGCCUGUUGGCCAUUACCACCUCCAUCAGCAUGAGCCACCUCCAGCGCUUCCCCCAAAACCGUACCUGAGAGAAGGCUGCAUCCCAGAGGAGGACUUGAGACCUGUGCCGAGACCAAUGCCACGCAAGAUCUCCCAACCACUGCUCACCAACAAGGAAGAGCAGGCCAAAGUGGCAUGGGAGCAUGGAAUCAGUGAGGAGUAGAGGCGUGGCUGGAAGUGGAGCAGGUCGAUUGCAUGUCGAGUGGUUGAAGCUGGGUUUGGAGAAUUGUAGAAUUGUAGAAAGAGAGAAUUUGAUCUGGUUCAUGUUACCUCCAACAAGACUUUUUACCAAUCAUCAUAGGAGCCCCACUGGUCCUGAUGCAAGAACUGAGUAAAUCCCUUUGAUGAACUUUGAAGAUUAUAGCGGUCUGGUUUAUGCUUCAUCAGAAGUGCUUCUGGGAAUGGCCUCAAAAGGAACUUCUGAAAGCCUGUAAUGUUCUUGGUUUUCAAAACAGUAGGAGGUUCUUCAUUUUUUUUUUCAAUCUGUCCAUCAAAUAAUGGGGGCGUGCCAGUAAACAGGAAUAAGUAUUACGUGAAAGACAUUUUGUUGUCUGUUCCACCAGAAUGGUGUCUUGAUUUGACAUGCAGUGUAUGAGGAUAUAGCAGUUUUUAAUGUGAACUCAUCUGAGACAUCGACAAUCUCAUGUAAACUGCAUGUGCAGUUUCGGGCAAGCUAAUUUAAAAAUUUUCAUUAGAUAAGCUACAAGUACUCUGAACACUGCAUAAGUGCCUCCAAGCGACUGACAAGAAAUAUAACAGGUAUUGAGUACAUCACAUUAAGAAUAUGAAGUUAAAUUAUAUGUUAAAAAUAUGAAGUACAAUAGUUUAUUGAUCAUUAAAAUCGUUAAGUCAUUGGACUGUGCUGUUAUAGGAAAAGAAUCCAUGCUGAACUGGAGUCAUACAGCUCGAAGUGAAGCAAAGUUAUUUUCCUAUAACUGCAUGAUUACAUUUUUUAACUUAUUAAUUAACAUCACGUCACGCUCCACUAUCCUUUCCCAAACUCCACUAUCCUUUCCCAAACUCCACUAUCCUUUCCCAAAAGACUUUCCUAUACCGGAAAAUUUACUGACAUUACAAAGCGCUGAUGCUGAAGACUCCUUCGAUAAAUGUUGUAUAAACGUCUCCUUACAGAAAGCUUCACCAUAUCAACAGUUACAGGUAUUCCUUUGUUAAAUAACAACAUGUUAAUAAAAAAAAGUUCAUUAUUAGCCUUAGAUUAUGUGGAGCAUAAUCUAGACAAGACAAGUCUCUGUGAAUUAGUUGCCACUACAGACACGAUAACGUAUUAUUAAGAUAAAACAUUAAUCAUUUAUGUUAUGAUUGGAAGGUCGGAGGGUUCAAGCGCCAACACUGCCAAGCUGCCACUGUUGGGCCUUUGAGCAAGACCCUUAACCCUCUCUGCUCCAGGGGCGCUGUAUCAUGGCUGACCCUGCGCUCUGACCCCAACUUCCUAACAUGCUGGGGUAUGUGAAGAAAAGAAUUUCACUGUGCUGUGACCAAUAAAGACUCAUUAAAACUACUGUCAGAGCUCCUGUUCUAGAAAAUUAAUCCAAAGCUACUGAAUUCAACGCUGUUUUAUUUAAAAAAAAAAAAAAAAAGAAAAAGAAAAAAAAAGAAAGAAUAAACAUUGCAACACUGUAUCUUGGACAACCUCCCUUAAAAACGAAUUAUGUUGAAAUAGUAGCAAAAUCAAACCUCCCAUUCAAUAGUGACUUUUCUGAAAUGCCUUUUUCAGAAGUUUCAGAAGUAUAUUCUGAAGGAAGCAUAAACCAGUCUUGAGUCCUACUAGAUUCGUGCUUGCCACAUUUCUACCACUACCACUACUAUAAUCUUUUUUUUUUUUCCUUAACGUUUUUCUAGAGAACUGUGAGGAUUUUGGUUUUACUCCAUUUACUCCUUUGGUAGGUGAUUUUACCCCAAAUGACUUACAAGUGAGAUAGAAUGCAAUCCAAGCGUAGAGCUGGAGAGUUGGGGUUAAAGUUGACAUUCAGGAAGCAUUCAAACUCGCAUUGGAACUCGCAACCUUCCAGACCUGGGAUUUGAACUCACAAGCUUCUGGACUCUUGAGUAGAACCUUAAGCACUGAGCUCCCACUAUGAAGAUCUAUAGUACAGUAUGAAAGCAUGGCAAAUGUUCUCGCUAAUGUUCUCGUCGACGUUAGCGGCAGUCAAAAAUAUUCAAAGAUGUACGAUUUUGUUAGGCCCGUCCCACAUUCUGAUAUGUCUUUUAACCACUUAGAAAGGAGAGUAUUCAAUGUUUUAACAUGUCAGUUAUGUAAGUGGUUAACUGUGAUUUAUUUUCAUUUGAAGAGUUUGAAUCGACGGAGGGCAUACAUGUUAAAUUUGUGCAAAAUCUACUAAUUUUGGAGGGCGAAUUCACCUUUUUUUUUUUUUUUUUUUUUUUUUUUUUUUUUAAAUUCUGGAAGAACCGCACUUUAGCACUUAGUUCUGGAGUACCAAAAACCUUUUGAAGUAAGUGACAUUUAUUUCAAAAAUAAACAUUUUCGUUUUGCUGAGUCAUUCGGACGAGAGACUCGGGCCUUGUUUUAUAUUGUUAUAAUCACAGAAACUGUCCUAAGUCUGUGAAGUCUGACUCGAAACAUUCUCAUUUAUCCUCCCAUAACAUUGACGUGACCGUCAGUAUUCCUCCCCAAUGUGGUACACUUUCUAUUUUCGUUUAAGAAUUCAGUUCUGAAAUAGGAAACUCCCUGCCAAUUCUCUGAGGAGUUGGCACACUGACAUGGCACUAAGAGGCUUAUGUACACGGCAAAGCUUCAUUACACACACACGCACACUUUAUUAUCACGCUGCAAAAGCAAAUCAGCCAACCACUCGCAGCUCAAUUAUCCACUUAGAUGAAUACGAAAGCCAUUUCACAGAUGUCUUUACAGCGGAACUGCUUUUGCUCGCAGCACGUUCCGCUUUAUUAUUUCAUUUCUUUCCCUUACGUUUUUGUAAAGAUGAAUAUAUUUUUAGAUAGCAAUUGUAAACCUCCCUAACUUUAUCUAAUAAAAACCUGUAUAGUAAAAAUAAGACAGAUAAAAUUAUAUAUUAAUAUUAAUCCAGGGUGAUGGGUGAUAACAUUUAAAUAAUGUACACUGUUAUUAUGCAAGUGAAGGGAUUUUGACCCUUUUAGCUGCUGAAGGAUGUGCAAUCGCUUCCUGGUAGAUACAUGAUGAUGUGUGAGACUAGAAGAUGUGAUUUAAUUUCAUAAGACUUUUUGUACAAGUGUGCAGGUUUUCUUUAUUAUAGUAGGGACACAACAGUGAAAUAAAUGGCAGGAGUGAUCUACAAUGACUUUAGAAGAAGAAAUGCCUCUGGACAUGCAUAGUUGAAAUUUUUUCCACUGUUAGAUUGCGUUACUUUUUUUUUUCCCCCUCAAGGAUGUGAUAUGGAAAUUUGUUAUGGCUAAUUCUGUAACAAAUACCGAAACACAUUCAUUUGCAAUUUUUCAUAUCAUUGUUUUCUUUUCUUUUUUUUUUUGUAUUUUGCAGUACUACAAGCUGC